AUGGCGCUAAGAAUUCUGAAGAUGUUUGCAAGACUGUUAACAUGUUCACUUCUGCUCAACACAUUGGCCACUACUUCAGCAGACGAUACUUGGAACUCACCAAACUUUAGUCCAUUAAUGGAAAUUCUGACAAAAAUCAUGACUCUAUUCGAAGGUCAAGGACAACUUAAUUUUCAGCAAAUCCUGAUGACUUUAUUCUCUGGGGCGACUCACAUACGCCUGACCGAGGAUUCUAGUUUUACGGCAAUGGACAAAAACGGUAUAAAGGAGUGGGGUGAAUCGGACAUUUUGAAGCUAGGUUUUAAACCUCGACAUUCCAAAACAGAAUUUCUUGGUGCAAGCCAAAGGGAUUGCUUAUCAGACUUUCAUCGUUUGAUAGAAAAUGUUACAGAAAACCCUUGGGUUUUUCAGUUUCUUGACGCCUUUGGUAAACCUGGACCAUCCUUAUUGAAGGGCAGAAUAAAAUUUGUGGGCAACUAUAAACAGUGCAGGAGUGCCAAGGCGCCGCCUCUGCCUGGUGAAGUGGAUAGUGGAUACAGUGGCAACUAUUGUGUGGUGAAUCUUUCAAUAAAGAAUCUGACUGGAGUCAUCGUCCAACUAGCUAAAAUACAAAUCGGCACCUGUAUGCCAGACAGCUGUACUGAAAGUGACAUCACAGACAUUGUAGAUCUAGGUUUGACUAUGUUCAAUCUCUCCUCAAUGUUUGCAGCAGAGCCGACGGAAUGCCGUACAGACGAAAGAGAAUUCACUAGGGCGACAUAUGCCUCAAUUGUCAUCCUUUCGGUCAUUUUAACACUCAUGGUCAGCGGAAGCGUGUUUGAUUUUCUUGUCAUUCGGCAACCGAAAUGGACAACCAAUUACCAAAGGGAAGAGCUCAUUCAGUCCGAUACCGAGAAAGUGUUUCCCUCUCAGAGUGGACAUCACAAGAUCAAAACCGAGGCCAAGAUUUUCGAGACAGACCUAUCUGGAAGACCAUUCAAAAAGACUCAUUCGAAUGGUCAGUUCGUGUGUGACAGUCAGUACACAGAGAAAACGCCUAUCAUUGGGGAAGUCAAGGGUAAGGGAGUUGUACACUUGUCACUCAAGGGAGAAAAAGCUUUUGCAAAUCAAGCAGAGCCAACGAUGUCUUUUAGAGACUACUUGGGACAAAUUUUACUGUCCUUCUCGGUGUUCAGGAACGGUUCUAAAAUUCUCGACACCUCACAGACCAGUGACUCCUUGACUGUCAUCCAUGGUAUCCGUUUUCUCAGUAUAUCGUGGGUCGUGCUGGGACACCUCCAUAAAGAAGCUCUCCUCUACACUUUGAACCUGCCAGAGAAGGCCCUUGCAGUUAUGAAGGAAGGCCAGUAUGACGUAAUAACCAACGCAUUUUUUUCGGUGGACAGUUUUUUUACUAUAAGUGGCUUCCUGGUAGCUUACAUAACAACAAAGAUGUACAAACAGAACCCAAAGUUCAAUUGGGGUCUCUUUUAUUUCCAUCGUUUUUGGAGGUAA